ACGCUGUUCAGGCUCUUCGUUGGUCUUGACAAGUCGAUAUUUAUUUUACAUUGGUGGUCGCGAAGUUUACGAGUUUUCUUGGAAAUUGUAUUCAAUUCAAUUGCGUUUGAACAUGGAUGAUGCCGCACCAAGUGCAUCGUCUUCGCAAUCCGCGACAGCGAAAUAUCAAGAAAGAAUGAAACGGCUCAGAGAUCUUCACGCUAAGAGGAACGAAGCCAGAAUGCAGAAUCACAAAGAAGUUGUAGAGGAGGAUAAGAGAAACAAGUUACCUGCUAAUUGGGAGUCUCGCAAGAGACAGGCCGAAUGGAUAAUGCAGGAUGAAGCUGCUAGAAAAGAGGCAGAGACUAAAGGCGAAGAUUAUGAACGGAACAAAUUGCUAAACAUUGACGCUACAGAAGCAGAGAGAAUAGCUAGGAAAAAGAGGAGCAAACAAAAUCCAGAUCCAGGUUUCUCAGAUUAUGAACAAGCAGCGAUACGAUCAUAUAACAGAUUGGUGAAAAAUAUAAAACCAAAUAUGGAAGCCUACGAAGAAGCAAAGGAGAAGUUGGGACCUGCCUUUUAUGGGGAUCGAAAUACAAUAUUGCAUGGCUUGCACGAAGAUAAAAAAGAAGCGAUAGACAAAAUGGUCACCAAUCUGGAAAAACAAAUCGCAAAAAGAGAGAAAUAUAGUAGGCGUAGAAUGCAUAACGAUGACGCGGAUAUCGAUUACAUUAAUGAACGUAAUGCAAAGUUCAAUCAGAAACUGGAAAGAUUCUACGGCGAGUAUACUCGGGAAACAAAGUUGAAUUUGGAAAGGGGUACAGCUAUAUAAUGACGGAAUGUUGUUACAAUUAUUAUAAAUAUACUUUGUAUUUUAUACGAUAAUUUUUAUACAAAUAAGAAUCUGAAGAAAAGGAAAUUUUGUAGUUAAAUGUAUCUUUUGUUAUCAGCACUUAGUGUGAAUUGUUGAUACGCGAAAAUCUAAAUGUUCUAGAAAUUUCUUUAGAGAAAGAGAAAUAUGUCAGGAAAAUUAUCCAAUUAGUUAUUUAGUGUCAACUUGAAAACAGAGACUUUACAGAGCGAACUAAUUAAGUAAUAAC